GAAGCUGCAAGAUGUUUGUAAUUGCACUGCGAUUUGGUGAUACAUUCGCAAGACGACAACCGGACAGCGAUUAUUUUGGCACAUUUAAACUGAGAUAAAGGUUAGAGUUGCUGUAUGACAACCCCUUUUUACAGACAAUCGGCAGUAUGGUGGAUCAGUAUAUCAAUAAAGUUUGCCGAGUCCAGUUCACGGAUGGAAGAGUCAACCUGUCGUAAUGAUCAUGUUCAGUUCAGUGUUGCCAAAUCAGAGGAUUAUGAGUCGGUCCUUUCCUUUGUUGUCGAGCAUUACUACAAGGACGAACCGAUGAGCAAUUCGUACAUCUACGACAGCAGCCCUGCAGAUGAUGACGUGGAGUUCUCAGUUUCGUUCCUGUUCCAAGGAAUGGCGAUAAAAGCUGUAGACCGAGAUUGUGACAAUCGACUGAUCGGAGUAUCGAUUGCCAAUCCAAUCUACCCAGGAUAUGUGGAAGAUUUGUUGAAGUCAGCCGAACAGGCUAAAACUCAGAAAUGGCGCGACAGUCUGAAGCUAUUGGCUCAUCUUCAACAGUCAACUGACGUUCUGCAACGGUACAACGUGUCCAAGUGCUAUGAUAUUGAAAUAGUGGCGGCUCAUCCGGAAUAUCGAGGGCAGUCGAUUGGCUCCCGUUUGUUCGAAGAACAGUUCAAGAGAGCCAAACAACUGGGAUAUCCAAUAGCGAGUGCGGAUUGUUCGAGCUAUUACUCUGCUAGGAUUGCCGAAAAAGUUGGCAUGAAAUGUGUUGGAAGAUUGGCAUUUGCCAACUACAGAGAUGAUCGUGGAGUUCAACUCUUCCAACCAAGGGCUCCCCAUGAAGAAAUUCAAACUUUUGUUAAACUAUUGAAUGUAUAGUGCUCUCUUUGGAAUGAUCUAAUCCGAUAAUACAAUA